AAUUAAUAUGUGAUAUGUUUUUUUCUCUCCCAUAUUCCUUCCCCAAAACACUCAAGUCAACUACUCCAAAGUCUUUCUGGAUUAUUAUUAUGUACACAUUAUUAUUAAAUCAUAUAUAUAUUUUUAAAUAUUCAUCUCUAUAAAUAGGCUCUAACUCUCCCUCUCAUGCUUCAAACUCUUCACUAACAUCUUAAUAAUAAUUCACUCUUUCAUUUAAGAGAGAAAUAAAAAAAAAAUGGUGGUAAUGGUGCCAGGUGGCAAUGGUGGGGCCAAGAGCCUAGCCCUCCAAAUCAUAACAGGGCGGUGGUUCAUGGUAUUCGCUUCUCUUCUAAUAAUGUCGGCAGCCGGAGCAACCUACAUGUUCGGCCUAUACUCAAGUGAAAUAAAAAAGGUUCUGGGAUACGACCAAACGACAAUUACUUUGUUGUCGUUUUUCAAAGACCUCGGUGGCAACUUUGGUGUCCUCUCAGGUCUACUCAACGAAGUAACGCCUCCGUGGGUUGUCCUCUUAGUGGGUGCCAUCCUAAACUUGUUUGGCUACGUCAUGAUAUGGCUCUCAGUGGCCAAGAAAAUUCCUACCCCAAAAGUCUGGCAGAUGUGUCUCUACAUAUGCAUAGGAGCCAACUCACAGUCCUUCGCCAACACCGGCUCACUAGUCACGGUCGUCAAAAACUUCCCCGAGUCACGCGGCGCCGUUUUGGGUCUCCUCAAGGGCUACGUGGGUCUUAGUGGAGCUAUCAUAACUCAGCUCUUCCACGCUUUUUAUUUCGAUGAUACAAAAGCUUUGAUUCUCCUCAUUGGCUGGCUUCCCACAGCUAUUUCUUUGAUUUUUCUCCCAACCAUUCGGUACAUGAAAAUCAUACCUCAACCAAACCAGCUCAGGGUGUUCUAUAAUCUUCUCUAUAUUUCUCUUGGCCUAGCUGGGUUUCUCAUGGUCAUGAUUAUUUUACAGAAGAAACUUGUGUUUACUAGACCAGAGUUUGGAGCUAGUGCAGGAAUGGUCAUUUUCUUACUCUUUCUCCCACUUGCUCUUGUUAUUCAAGAAGAAUUUAAGCUCUGGAAAUCCAAGAAUGUAAUCGACGUGAAUAAUAUCGAGGCUGCUAAGAUCGAAAACAAGCUUAACAACCCAACAAAGAACGACUCUGUUUCAGAACCUGCUAAACCAUUCGAAAGCCAACCAUCGUGCUGGAGAACCGCAUUCAAGAAGCCAGAGAGAGGAGACGACUUCACAAUCUUACAAGCGGUUUUCAGCAUCGACAUGCUGAUUCUGUUCAUCUCUUACAUCUGCGGAGUGGGUGGGACAUUGACGGCUAUAGACAAUCUCGGUCAGAUCGGGACUUCGCUCGGGUACCCAAAACAGAGCAUAAGCACAUUCAUCUCACUCGUAAGCAUAUGGAAUUAUCUAGGCAGAGUCUUCGCGGGUUUCUUCUCAGAAUACGUGUUGACUCGUUACAAAUUCCCUCGUCCUAUCAUGUUAACUUCCAUCCUCUUGCUCUCUUGCGUUGGUCAUCUUUUGAUAGCUUUCAAUGUCAAGAACGGUCUUUACUUGGCUACCGUUAUAAUCGGGUUCUGUUUCGGAGCCAAAUGGCCGUUACUCUAUGCCAUAAUAUCGGAGCUUUUUGGGCUCAAAUACUAUGCCACGUUGCAUAAUUUUGGGGCUGUGGCUAGCCCCAUUGGGUUGUAUAUCUUAAAUGUCAGAGUAACUGGUCAUUUGUACGAUAAGGAAGCGCUGAGGCAAUUAGCAGCCAAGGGAGUUGAACGGCAAGAGCAUCAACAGUUGGUUUGCAAUGGAAUGAAGUGUUUUCAGUUGUCGUUUAUCAUAAUUGCGGCUGCCACACUCUUUGGGACUUUUGUCUCGAUGAUUUUGGUGAUUAGGACGUAUAAGUUUUACAAAAGUGAUAUUUACAAGAAGUUCAGAGAGGUUGCCAAGGCCAACGAAGCCGAAAUGGCUUUGGCCGAAAAUGGUAUUGCAAUUGGUGAAAUCAAUAGUAAAAAUAAGCAAGAGAAGAGAAAUAGUGAAAUAUAGUAUCAUGAUUUUGGUUCUAGUUAGUUCAACGUUUGGAUAACCCAAAAGGGUAAAUUAAUGAUGUGUGACGAGAUUUGGAAAUCAUUAGACGACAAAUAUGUACUUGUUCUGAAAUUUUCAAAGUGAUUAGAUUACAUAUAUAUAUUCUUGCGAUCGUUGAAAUGAUGUUAUUGUUUUCAUGGUUAUGUGUAUAUAAUAAUACAACUGUAUCUGUAUCCAAUGAAAUUGUUGGAUAUAUUUAUAGCUUUGGGACA